AUGAAGGUAGUUGUAUCGGCUUCCACCAAAGUGGGAUUGAAAUGGGUUGGUGAGAGUACGAAACUUUUGUUUAAGUCAAGAACAGUUCUCUCACAAUCUCUACCUCUGUUCUCCCUCCAAUCUUUCCCAAAUCCUCUCACUCCAUCCCAACAUCUUUUUCAACACCGCAGUAGAGCACAUUAUUUCAACCAUACGCCAGCCAUGCCAGUACCGUCAUUUGAGCGUCUUGUACGAUUCGUACCUAAAGCGGAGGAGGAGGUACUCAUAGGUCAACCAGUAGACUUGGAACUCGAUGUGGGAGCUGCAUUCAUUGCAGGAAAAGAGGUGGAAGUUGAUGUAUACAGCGGAUCAUCAAUAUUAGAACCAGGCACUCCGACUGGAACAAUUAAAGAAAUUGGAAAGCUUCUAUCUCCGCUCGCAGAGUCCGAAGUCGGCACAAUUCGGUGUAUUGGAUUAAAUUACGUCCAACAUGCGCACGAAGUUAAAAUGGCCAUCCCAGAUUUACCGACUGUCUUCAUGAAACCUUCGACAUCUCUCGCAGAUCCAUAUCCUUCUCCGACAGUUAUCCCAAAAUUUGCGCUGAAAGAUGAUUGCUGUGAUUACGAAUCUGAGUUGGUAAUUGUGAUUGGGGAGAAAUGCAAGGACGUCAGCGAGGCAGACGCACUAAAAUAUGUUUUGGGGUAUACCGCGGCGAAUGAUGUUAGUAGUCGCGCAAGUCAAUUUGCACAAAGUCAAUGGUGCUUCAGUAAAAGUUUUGACGGAGCUUGUCCAAUUGGUCCGGUCUUGGUGUCAACGAAGCUCAUUCCAGACCCAUCGAAACUUCGAGUGAGAGGUCUAAAGAAUGGAAAAGUUAUGCAAGAUUGCGGAACAGACGAUCUGAUCUUCCCGGUUGCGAAAAUUGUUUCCUUCCUCUCGCAGGGAACUACAAUGCUGCCAGGCACCAUAAUUUUGACCGGUACACCUGCUGGUGUUGGUAAUAGCUUCACACCAAAGGAAUAUUUGAGGGAAGGAGAUACAUUCUCCGUUGAGAUUUUACCACAUAUUGGAACUAUGAUGACCAAGUUUGAAUAUCAAAAGUAA